AUGAAUCUGCCACCGCCUCCACCACCGCCACCGCCACCGCCAUCACCACACCCAUCACUACCACCACCACCACCGCUACCACCCCGUCCAACCCUAAACCACCUCAACACAACCCUCUCAUCCCUCAACAACCUCCUCACUUUCUCAAACCAAAUCCUCUCAAUCACCCCGAAACCCCAAACCCUAACCUCAAAUCUCAUUCCCUGCCUUUUCAAUCACAACCACCUCCUCCCACCGUCUUCCCUCUUCCUCCACCACCUCCGCUGCCCUUCCUCACCUCGUCCUCUUCCCGACCUCCACCACCUCCUCACCUCUCUCUCUUACCCUAAAACCCUCCACAAUCCUCAAUCCAUUCACCUCUCUUCCUACUUCGAUUUUACUUCCAACUUUUUCUACAACAAUUGCCCCGGCGUAGUUACUUUCUCCGAAGCAAACUCCGUCGCUAGAACCGCAACUUUUAAUCUCCCUGACUUUUUAUCCCGAGAAUGUUCAAACAACACCACCAACACUAAUCAUAACCCUCCCUCCAUUGUUCCCUCUGAAUAUGUCUACAUCUCCCGCGAAAUUGAAUCAUGGAACAAUUUUCCUACAACCUACUCCACCUCUGUUCAUCACGCAAUCUUAGGUAUUGGAAUUGCCAAAGAGAAUGACCUUGAUGGUUGGAUGAUAUCCAAUUCGCCUCGAUACGGCAUUGUAAUUGAUACCUCUAUGCAGAGGCAUAUUUUUUUGCUGUUUUCUUUGUGUUUUAAGUCAAUUCUUAGAGAAGCUUCUGUUUUGAAGAGUGCCUUAAUGUGGUUAGAAUCUCAGGUUUCGAUUCUGUUUGGUGUUAAUGGAAAAUUAUUUGUUCUUGAGUUUGUGAAAAAAUGUAUUCUGGCUGGUGCUUCGGUUCUGCUUUUGUUUCCUUUAGGAAAUAACGAAGUUGCUGACUCUGUUGCUUCGAAGAAAGAAAGGAAUAAUACAGACUGUAUUCAGGAGAGGAAGAUUUCAAUGCCACAAGUUGUUGCAGCAGUUGCGGCGCUGCACGAACGAGCAUUGCUUGAACGGAAAAUAAAGGGAUUUUGGUUUUCUCAUCCGUCAAAUAGCUAUCAGCUGAAAGCUGAGCAUUGUUAUUUAUAUGACAAAGCUAAUGAAGAGCGGAAAAAUCGCGCUGAUUAUAGACCUAUAAUUGAGUAUGAUUGGGUUCAUCGGCAGUGUUCAUAUCAACAGGGAACCCAAAAAGAGAAGACAAUUGAGGAGUUACUAGCUGAAGAAAGGGAUUAUAAACGUAGAAGAAUGUCUUAUCGUGGCAAGAAGAGAAAUCAAUCACCUUUACAGGUGAUGAGGGAUAUGAUAGGGGAGUACAUGGAGGAAAUCAAGUUGGCUGCAGGUGUUAAGAGCCCUGUCAGUGUUUCUGAAGACAGUCUGAUGCCUCCACCUAAACUGCCUUCUAGUCAUGCCAUUCCUAUGGAAGCCAAUAAUUCAAGAAAAGUUUGUGAUGAGUCACCUGCAGUGACAAUCAGAAACCCAGGUUACCAUGAGCAACAAUCUCACACAAAUUAUUCUGACAAAAGCAAAGCUGUACAUGAUGCUACUUCUAGAGAUUACGAACAACGUAAACAAGGACAUCACAGGAGUCAUCAUAAUGGAGGAGAUCGUGCUUCAACAAGCCCUGAAAGACACAGAAGUCGAAAUGAACUGCACGAGCAUAGAGUUCAUCACAAUAAACAAGAACUAUGA